UGCACCAAAGACCGGAUGCCACGCUUACCUGACCGGCUUCUUCCAUCCCACCUGGACGCCGUGCAGCGCGGGCGCGCGAACCGCGGCCGGAGCCCGCCUCUCGAGGCCGGAGCGGGGCUCGGGCGGGCGGCCGCGGGUUACCUCGCUGCCCCGGGCCGGACCCCCUCCGCCGCCGCCGCCGCCGCCGGGGAUCCCGCAGUCAGGCCGCCGCGCGCACGCGCGCUCCCCCGGGCGGUCCUGGCCCCGCAGGGCUGCGUCCGGACGGCUCCGGCGGGCGGGGCGGGAGCGCGCGGCCACGUGACCCGCGCCAACAUGGCGGCGCCCAGGGGCGUCCACCUGCUCGUCCGCAGAGGUUGUCAUAGAAUCUUCUCUCCACCACUCAAUCAUAUCUUCUUACACAAGCAGUCAAGCAGUCAACAAAGAAGAAAUUUCUUUUUCCGGAGACAAAGAGAGAUUUCACACAGUAUAGUUUUGCCUGCUGCAGUUUCUUCCGCUCAUCCAGUCCCUGAGCACAUAAAGAAGCCAGACUAUGUGACGACAGGCAUUGUGCCCGACUGGGGAGACAGCAUAGAAGUUAAGAAUGAAGAUCAGAUCCAAGGGCUUCGUCAGGCCUGUCAGCUGGCCCGUCACGUCCUCCUUCUGGCUGGGAAGAGUUUAAAGGUUGACAUGACAACUGAAGAGAUAGAUGCUCUUGUUCAUCAGGAAAUCAUCAGUCAUGAUGCCUACCCCUCACCUCUAGGCUAUGGAGGCUUUCCAAAGUCUGUUUGUACCUCUGUAAACAACGUGCUAUGUCAUGGUAUUCCUGACAGUCGACCUCUUCAGGAUGGAGAUAUUAUCAACAUUGAUGUCACGGUCUAUUACAACGGCUACCACGGAGACACCUCGGAAACGUUCUUGGUGGGCAAUGUGGAUGAAGGUGGUAGGAAGUUAGUGGCAGUUGCCAGGAGGUGUAGAGAUGAAGCCAUUGCAGCUUGCAGAGCAGGGGCUCCCUUCUCAGUAAUCGGAAACACAAUCAGCCACAUCACUCAUCAGAAUGGUUUGCAAGUCUGUUCACAUUUUGUGGGACACGGGAUAGGAUCUUACUUUCAUGGACAUCCAGAAAUUUGGCAUCACGCGAACGACAGCGAUCUGCUCAUGGAGGAGGGGAUGGCCUUCACCAUAGAGCCAAUCAUAACCGAGGGAUCCCCAGAAUUUAAAGUCCUGGAGGAUGCGUGGACCGUGGUCUCCCUGGAUAAUCAGAGGUCCGCCCAGUUCGAGCACACCGUGGUCAUCACGUCGGAGGGCGCUCAGAUCUUGACCAAACUGCCCCACGAGGACUGAGGAGCGGCCCCGAGAUCGCAGAGGCUGGGCGCCUUUUCUCCUGCAUUGCCGAGAUCCAGCUGGAGAACGAAAUCCAGCUGGAGAACUUUGAGCAGGACCGGCCGGAAGGCUGGUGGGGAACAGCCUGCCCAGGACCCAGAGGCGGCUUGGAAAACGCCGUGGGGCUGGGCGGGAGCUUGGGGGGCGGACAUCUGGGAACGCAGAUCUGAAGCCCUGCGUGGUGGUGCGGCUACAUCCUGACAUCCUGGAGCGGACUGUGUUUCCGGAGGGGGAAUGGGACGUCCUCGUUUGGAAGACGAAUGAUUCCUGUAGGUGCAUGGUUUUCUCUUUCCCUUGUCUUACCUCUGCCCAAGUAAAAAGCUCACCCCUUAA